ACGCAUGGAAAUUCACCCAGUCACACACUCCCUUGUGAAAAGAACGACCAAGAACAACACUUUUUUUGGUUCUGAAGAUUUACGAAAGUCAUCGGGGAUUGGAACAAGGAUUCAUUUCAUACUGCAAAUCCACCAAGAAUGGAAAGACCGAUUCAUGUGCUGGUGUUCUCAGGACUCUGUCUGCUCAUCCGGAGCAUCUCAUGUGAGUUUGUUCUGAUCCCACAGCAGAAGACCUGGGAUGAGGCACAACUUUACUGUAGACAGAAUCACUUUGACCUGGUCACUCUUCACAGCAUUGAAGACUGGACGAAUGUUAAGACAGCAGUUGGACCGGCAUUGAAUUCAGUGGUCUGGACUGGACUUUACAAUGACAUUGACAGCUGGCGCUGGUCUUAUCAAGACGAGCAAAUGACACUUGAGCUUUGGAAAUCUGGACAACCAGACAACAACGCAGGAAUACAGGAAUGCAUUUGCAUUGAUUCCGGAGAAUGGUCUGACACCAAGUGCGCAAGUCCAUAUCCCGUGUUUUGCUACGAUGAAACCAAAGCCGGAGGAGACAGAUUUGUGUAUGUCAACGACAUCGACAGGUCCUGGCAUGAAGCUCAGAGUUACUGCAGACAGCACUACACCGAUCUGGCCACCAUUCGCACUCAAGCUGAGAACGAUCAGCUGCUGCAAGUAUCUGGUAGAGCAUGGAUUGGUCUUUUUAGAGACUCGUGGAAGUGGUCAGAUGGAACAGAUGUCUCCAUGUCCUCCAUUAACUGGAUGUCUACUACACGUGGUGUAACUGGGAAGACCCGACCUUGUGGUGCUGCAGAUACUGCUGGUAGGAUAACUGAUGAAGACUGCUCAACAACCCUUCCAUUCAUCUGCAAAUGGUAUUCAAAGAAGCAGAUUGUGAAGCUGGAGGUGAAAUCUGCCCAGAAUCUAAAUGAUCCUGCAGUGAGAGACACCAUUUUGCAGUGGUUGAAGCAGAAACUGAAGGAUCAUGGGAUAGAGAAGGACACAACAUUGACAUGGAGACUGCAGCCUGAUGGAAAUGUUUUCACACCAAAACAUUAUUGUGAAGAAAUGAAUCCUCAGCCUUGUGACCUUUCACCUGUCUAAUAAUUAGUCAUUCUAUUUAUUUUACUGUAUGUAAACAUGCAGAUGGUAGUUUAUUGGGUUUAAUGGGGCUGUGCUGAGCACAUAAUUCAUACUUUAAAUUUCACUGAUAUUUUAAAAUUUCUUUCUGAAGAUUAGGAAAUAAUGGCUUUAUAAAAUGUUAAAUGAUGACAUUGUUGUAAUUCUGUGUUGUUGUGGUUGUGACGAUUUAUUCAGCAUCUACUGCUACAUGAAUAAUCAUAAACGGGGUUAGUAAAUAAUUUAGACUUUAAUUUUCUUUUAGUCAUCUUAAACUAUAAUUACAAACAUACAUCAGUAAAUUUACAUUAUAUUUAUUCUGUUCAAUUUUAUUUCAUUGCCAUUAUUUAAAUGUGUAGUAAUGAGUUGUAUCCGUAUGAAGUCAAUUUCCAAAGACCUGUGAACUAAAGUUGAGAAAUAAACUGUAUGCUUUAUCUGAUGUUUAGCAAUUUUUGGGGGGCAUCAAUUGUAAGGUUUAACUAUAAAUAAAAGUAAAAUGAAAAAGAAUACUUUCAGUGAAUGAAAACUGAACACUUAUCAAAUACGACGUCCAUUUGAUAUUGUAUUUACAUGAACAAUCAUGCAUUUUAGGUUAAAACACUUCAGUAUGUAGAUUUUAUGCUUUUAAUGUGUCGGUUAACCUUCUUAGGUAAUUCUCACAUCUUUUUAUUUCUAUAAUUUAUUGGUUUACAUAGAGCUUCAUUUCUUAAAAUCAUGAAUUUCAGUGUGGGUGCUUGGUAACUUAUCUGUAUGAAACAAAGACAGACCAAUCUAUUUCUUAUCUGCCCUCUUCCUCCGCAUCUCCUUCAUCCACUGGUCAAGUGAAAUGGCAGCAUUUUGGGGACAGUAUAUGAAUCCAUAAUAGUGCACUGUAAAAAUGAAAUGUAUUUUUACAGAGAAAAAACAGUAGAAUUGAACAGUAACAUCUCAUUUUAAUCAGAACUGUGAAAUUCCAUAAAAAAGCAUACAUUGACACCUAAUGUACAUGUCACCUGUUCUUUAACUGAUUAAAUGUGUUACUGGAGAAAACACUCUAUUUCCUUUAAAUUAAAGUCAUUGUUGUGUAUUGUUAACCUGACAUGUCCUUUAAAAAAUGUUCAUGUUUAUUUUCUUGUCAGAGUUGGAUAAAGUGUAUUUUUACUGAAAGAUCCAUUAGAAUUUCACAGCCAUAUCACAUUUUUAUCAUAACUGUAAAAAAUAUUUAAAAAACACACAUUGACACCAAAUAUAGUCUUUAUUUUCCCAGUUGAAUUUAGCAGCGGCUACAUGUACUAGUUGUGUUAUAUAUUCUAUUUACACCAUGUAGACUUCACAGUUCUUUGUGAUAAAUGUAAAUAUUAAUUAGAUGUUAUCUGUACACUGUAAAAAAUAAAUGUAUUUUUACAGGGAAAAUGCAGUGUAACGUAACAGUAUUUUCACAUUUUUUAUUAAAAUAGUAAAACUCCAUAAAACGCCAUACAUUUACACCAAAUUGACAUUUUUCCAUGUUACUGAAAAACGAUGUUUUCUUUUAAACAAAAGUAAUGAUCAUGAAAUCUGAAAAUGCACUUCUGUCCUCUAGUGAUGAUCUUUCUCUGAUGAAGUGAGUUUGACGGCUUGAGCAGAACAUGUUGUUUUUAUUCAUCAAUCAAUCACAGUAGAAAACAUGAGCCACACCCACUAUUCAUCCUCAUUCAAUAUGAAGUUUCAUUGUGAAAUAUGUCAGAAAACUGAAGACAAUCACCACUUCUGCUUCACAGGGACUUUCACAAAUCAACAUGCUGCAGAACAUGAAUGACUUGAUGUUUCAUUGUUAUUAAAGUCUCCAUUAAUGUGAUCAGUGUUUACUUUAGUUGAGCUCUUCACCCUUCAUCUAAUAUACUGUGAUCUCUCUUUGGGCUGGAAAAUGAAGGACACUCAGAAGAGAAAAUGAUCAGAUUUAUUUGUCUGGUUGAUGAUGAUGAUGUGAAUCGUCUAGUUGAGUGUUGGUAUUAUGUGAUUCAUAUUUUUGUUGGGUGUUUGUUAUAUCUGUGUGAAUGAGCUUCGGCUGAAAGCACAGAUUUCUUGUGAUAACAUUCAUAUGAACAGAUUGAGAAAACAUAAUGUACAUUAAAAUACUGGAGAUGGUUUUUCACACAUAGACAUGAAUAAUCAAUGUAUGAAUCUCAACAGUGGUGACAUUAAAUGAAAAGCUUCAUGUUGCAAUGCAUGCUGGGAAUCAUGGAUGAGUUUUGAACUAUGAUGGUACCCAGAAUGCAUUGCGUUUAUCUGAAUAGUUUGUUAUCACCAUUGUUGAGAUGAACAGGCUGAAUCUUGAUGUCUGCGUAUCUCUCAUGGUUUAUCAUUUUUAAUGUUCAUGAUGUGUUUUAAAGUCCUUCAUAAUAUCACUUAACACUGUAAUGUCUGGGAGCAUCACACAAGCACUUAUAACCAGUGAAUACAUGAAUGGAGACGGCCAGUAGAUGGCGACUCUCACCAUCAGAAAGAACAUGAAAUCACUUUCUCUCAGCUUGUUUCAGUCAUAUUCAAUAUUUCU